AUGCCGCACCCAGACGCACGCAAAUCCAGAAGUGAGGUUAAGACAGCGCCGGCGCGGUCGUGGUCGCGAUCGAGGAGUGGGCAGCGGCCGCCGUCGCUGCCGAGGGUGAAAUCGUCGCAACGCCUAAUCCGCACAAUCAGCAUUGAGGGCCGCAGCCACGACGGGCGGGCGGAGGAGGGCCGCGCAGAGGACGGGGACGACGGGUUGCUGCGACUGGCGUUUGGAUCGGAGAAGCAGCAGUACAUCGAAGUGCCGUACGUGAAGGCGACGCUGGACGCAUCGCUGCCGGAGGAGUAUCUGCGGCAGGACGUGGUGAACAUGACAUGGAACCUGCAGGUGCCGAAGUGGUACCGGCCGGGGACGCGGGUGGCGCCGGAGGAGGUGAAGCUAGUGAUGAUCACGGGGACCAUGACCAACGCCAUCUUCAAGGUGGAGCACCCGCGGCUGCCGAGCCUGCUGCUUCGAGUGUACGGACCGAACGUGGAGUCGAUCAUAGACCGGGACUACGAGUUGCAGACGCUUGCGCGGCUGUCGCGCCAAAACAUCGGCCCGUCGCUGUACGGAUGUUUUAUGAAUGGGCGCUUUGAGCAAUUCCUGGAGAACGCCACUACGCUUACGAAGAAGGAUAUCCGCGACUGGAAGACAUCGCAGCGGAUUGCACGGCGGAUGAAGGAGUUCCACUGUGGGGUGCCGCUGCUAGACUGGGAGAAGACGCACUACACGGUGCUGGCCCGCAUCGACAAGUGGCUGAAGAAAAUGGGAGAUUCGAGCUGGAUCCAGAAGAAGGGCAAUUUACAGAGCACGCUAUUUGUGCAGGAGUGGUCGCAGUUCUUGGCUGUUUUCGAGCGGUACCGCGCGUGGCUGAAAUCGGUUGGGGAGCUGGAUCAGUCUUUAGUGUUUUGCCAUAACGACGCUCAGUACGGUAACUUGCUAUUUACCGCACCCGUUGUUGCUACGGACACCAGCUCAGUAGGCACGUCGACUAGUACGCCCGUUUCUGGAUCGCUAUUCCCUAGUGAAAGCAACAUCUCUCUGGAUGACAUCAUCCGGCCCUCCAUUCAUGAUCAGUCACAAGACUCAAAGCUGGUGGUGAUUGACUUUGAGUAUGCUGGACCGAACCCCGCUGCAUAUGAUCUUGCUAACCACCUAUCGGAGUGGAUGGCAGACUACCACUGUGCCGAGUCCUACAAAACCUUUGAGCACAAGUUUCCGAAGAAGGAGGAGAUCCUCAACUUCAUUUAUUCCUACACUUCCCACCUGUCAGCUAGUAAGCAGGACCCUAUUGACGAUAAGGUCCGUGAGCUCUACAACAGUAUAUUGAGAUGGAGGCCGUGUGUUUCACUGCAUUGGGCUAUCUGGGGGCUUAUGCAGAGUGGCGAGCUAGAUGAACCCAAAGAUCUUGCCGUAGCAGUUGAAGGAGCUGGCCCCGGGGGCGAGAAGUACAUUAUCACCGUCGAUGAUUGUGAGAGCAUUAACAGCAUUGAUUCCUGCCUGACCGACUGCUCAGCCGUAGAAGAGCCUACCGCGAAGGGUGCAGAUAUCCACUCCUUCGAUUAUGUCUCCUACACCAUUGAGAAAAUGUGCUUGUUCUACGGAGACCUUCUGCAGUUAGGUAUCUUAUCAAAAGAUGACUUACCGCCUGGAGUACAACCGAAGUUCCUAGAUAGUACCUUUUUGUAG